AAGGCACCAACCAGUACAGCGACGCUUGAGUUCGAGUCCGUGGUCAAGACGACGAUGCUGGCGCCGACGUCGUCCAAAUCGGCCAAGGUGGCCAACAAGGUGAGCCCGGAGGUGCAAAAGCUGCCGCCGACACAGGCGCAGCGGGAGCGCAUCGUGGCGCUGCUGGAUGGCCGGGGCCUCAACAUUGCGCUGGGCGUCAUGACCAUCUUUGCUUUGUUUGCAGACGACAUGCGCAUCGGCGGGUUCACCACCGAAGCGGACUCUGCGUUUUACGUGCUGCUGCUGCUCGUGUUUGUUGGGUUUUCGCUCGAGAUGGUCGCCAACGUGUACGCGCGGCCAGGGUACUUUAACCGCGGCGUGUCGUUUACGUUCUGGAUGGAUUUGAUUUCGACGCUGUCGAUUCUAUCCGACGUCGAGUGGGUCAUGAACUUGAUCGUCCCCGAAGACACCAACACCAAGGGGUUGGCGUCGACGUCGCUGCAGGCGGGGAAAGCCGGCCGCGCGGGCACCAAGGCGGGGCGCAUGGUCAAGCUGAUCCGCCUCAUCCGCCUCAUCCGUGUGUCGCGCAUGUUCCGCAGCAAGGAGGACUCCAAGGUCGUGCAACUGAACGAGCCGUCCAAGGUCGGCCGCAUCCUCACCGAACUCACGACGCGGCGGUUGAUUGUGCUCGUGCUCACGAUGAUCAUCUUUUUGCCUGUGAUCGACAUGUCCCUCUCCAGCGUGGACGAGUACCAGUACGACGCGUUCUUCUACCUCCACCGCCUUGCUCAAGACUACAACGCCACCGGCAGCGUCACCAUGGCUGCAUUCCAAUCGUCGUUUCAGGAAUACAUUCGGCAAUGCGACGGGCUCAUCUUGAGCGUGGUCGUGUAUGGCGUGUCCACCAACUUGACCAACGAAUGGAUGCACCAGAUGCAGUUCCAGGGGCUGACGUCCACGGGCGCCGUCGAUACCACGUCUGCGUACGCGCUGUCGGCCAACCCGACGUCGGGAUGGAGUGCGUCGUACUUGAACAUGGACCUGUCGACGCUGCGCAAGACGGAUCUGGACACAACGUCUAGCAUCUACGCGUGCUACGCGAACGACGGCACAGUGUUCGACACGUCGUGCUUUUCCGGGGUUGUGUUUGACAUUCAAAGCCAAAACGUUGCCGACGCCCAUUCAAACGUGGGCAAGACAUGCAUUAUCAUCUUUGUGUUUGGGAUGAGCAUCUACUUUUUCACCAAAGACUCGGACCAGCUUGUGAUUGGCCCGAUCGAACGCAUGAUGGCGUUGGUGAACCGGCUGGCCCAAAACCCACUCGCGAACGUCGAAAUUGAAGAAGAUUUGAACCAAGAGUACGAAACGCGCAUGCUUGAGAAAACGAUUGCGAAAAUUGGACGGCUGUUGCAAGUCGGGUUUGGCAGUGCCGGCACGGAGAUCAUUUCGAAGAACAUGAGCGGCACGGGCGAACUCAACGUGAUGAUUCCAGGCAAAAAGAUCUCGUCCAUUUUCGGGUUUGGCAUCAUUGAACAUUUUACGGAAACGGUGUCCGUUCUGGAAGAAAGCGUGAUCACGUACAUCAACACGUUGGCGGACAUUGUGCACAGCGACGCCAACAUGUACUAUGGCGCGGCCAACAAGAACAUUGGGUCGGCGUUCUUGAUUGCGUGGAAGAUCUGCGACGGGUCGCUGCCGGGGAUGCGCGACCCGCGGGACCCGGCCACGAAACCGAUCAUGGACGCGGCGGAGCGGGUCAAGAAGCGCGCCGACAUUGGCGUGUUGUUGACAGCAACCGGGUCGCGGCCGCGCAAAAUCAGCCCACAGGAGCUGGUCGACUCGGCGCUCGUGGCGGUGCUGCGGAUGCGGGUCGAGAUCCACACCGCGAACCAGCCGAACGGCCGGUUUCACACGUACUUGACCAACCAGGCGUUGCAGGACAAGUUCGACAACCACUUUCAUGUGGCCAUGGGGUUUGGGCUGCACAUUGGGUGGGCGAUCGAGGGCGCGAUCGGGUCCAAGUUUAAAAUCGAUGCGUCGUACCUAAGCCCAAACGUCAACAUGGCGGCCCGGCUCGAGAAUGCGACGGGGCAGUUCCAGUGCGACAUGCUUAUCAGCGAAUGGUUCAUGGACGAAGUGAGUCCGAUUGUCAAGUCGUUUUGCCGAAAGGUGGACCGUGUGACAGUCAAGGGCAGCGAGAUUCCCAUGGAUUUGUGGACGUUUGACAUUGGCAACUACGUUGACAUCCCGUUGCCCCUCGUGGACCCGAACGGCGUCCAGAUGCCCAUGGAUUUCGAACGACAAAACUUUCUCCAAGUGCUGCAGGAACGCAUCCCCCGCGACUUUUUCACGCUCUUUAACGACGGCAUGACGCAGUACUUGGACGGCCACUGGGACCUCGCGCACACGGCGUUCACGGCGGCUUAUGCCAAGUACCCCGACGGACCGACCGACGUGCUGCUCAAGACACUGGCGAGAGAGAACUCCGACACAAACGGCGGGUACGCUGCCCCCGCGUGGUGGAAGGGGUUUCGGCCGCUCACAGAAAAGUAGACUCAGAUCUGUUGGUGUAGACAUAAAGAAAAGCACAAUACACACUCAAUAUUUC